AUGAAUCUCAGGAGUAGGGACGCUAUAAAACCACCCAAACGGUAUGACGAAGAUAAGUGUACCACUCCACCGCCCUUAGCGUGCAGCGAACCUCGUGGCUAUAAAUCGAAUGUUAGACGUCCCGCGUUCCCAUCCCCUAUCGUUGAGUUCAACCCGGACUUACCUCCUGCAGCAUUCCCCACGGUCGAUUGCCAGCAGCUACACAAACGCCCUGCACAGGAAACCGCUGGGGGUUCCAGCAACAUUACAGAGCCCAUGCAGGAACAGGCUGGAACCGGUGGUGUUUUCGGUCGUCAAGAUGUGGCUGAUCGCCAAUAUAAGACUACAACCAACCAUGAGCAGAAGGUGGGAGGCGAUGGAGAUGUGUCCAUGGUCGAUGCCGUUUAUGACUUUGGCAACAAUGCUCCUGCCGCAUUCAAUUUUCAGGCUGGCUGGGGCUAUGCGAAUAAUCCGUAUCAACUCGGGAAUAGUGAGCACAGACUAAGGAGCAGCUUGAACUUACAUAUAAGCGACGAUGAGAACGAAGUUGGAAUAGGUGCUCAUGAAGCUGCGAAGAUGUCAGCUAGGCCCCUCCUCCAGGUAAAAUGGAGCGAUAUAUCCCCAACCCUUCAGACAGAAAUCUUCGAGAAUCUCCGUUCUAUCUAUAAUUUUCGCCAUGCAGCCGAAAGGCUGGGACUUAGCCCUUCAGAACAAGUCAAGAUGCUCGCACACUCCACUGCGCGCAAGGAACAAGUCCGGAAUGAGAACGCGAGGUUGAAAGAGAUGAGAGCGAAACAACUCCGGGCGUUGCUGCGAAUGGACAAUAGUUACCUAAAGACACAAAAGGUGCCAGGACAGCUGGUAUUUCGAACCAUCUCAAAGAAAUUUCUCGACACGGCUAUAGGUUCAGAUCCGGACUACUCCAUGAGCCAGGCUAGCGAUAUUCUGAUCGCCCGCAAAUAUUUGAGAAGCCUUGGUUUGGACCCGAAGCUUGCUGGUGAAUGGAGUAAUAACCUUGUGACGAUCACCACUACUGGCCUGGCACAUCCUGACGAGGACUUCGAAUGGACCGGGGAAUUACCAGUGGCUGAGGAAGAUACUAUCUCUGAUCAUGGUGGUACAGAACACGAGAGUAGCUGUGAUUCAGAAACAGUACCCGAUGAUAGUUCACAAUCCGAUUGUUCCCCGAAUCCGAAACGGCAGCAGAUCCUCGAUCCCAGUCUAAAUGCUGCUCAGCAUAUACUUCGUCAUCGUCGUCGGGAAUCAUCUGUUUCUCGGCCUGGCACAUCCCGACCCCUCCCCUGUCGAGCUCCCACUGACAGAGUUGGAAGUCCCCAAUGGUUACAAUCAUCUAGGCCACUCCUUGGCACCUUUCCCCAGCCAUCACCUCUAGCUCAUGAGCCUGUGGUCCGACUUAAAGUUGGAGCGCAAGGCGCUGCUCGCAUACAGCAAGAUAUAUUUAGAUCAGGAGACCUUAUGCAGGGUCCGUCACAACCAAACGUAAACGUUGCCGAUGAUAACACAGUCAGUGCAAAUCAGCUACCUCCAACAUGGUCUCGCCAGGCAAGUUUGAGUAAAGACGGGCCCUCCAAAGCCCUAAAGAGAACAUUGGCGGGGCCAUGGCUAUAUCAACAAAAUUGGGAAGACACCGAGGCUGCUUCUAGAGCUUCGCGGAUGUACAGAGAUAGCCUUGCGGCAGCCAGAGCUGAUGCGCAAGCUGAACUUCGGACAGAAUCAGCAUGUCAUAUAUCAAACCCGAUCUUCCCAUACACGAAUUUAAUGACACCUAGCCCCAGUAAUACAUACCAGAUCGACGGGGCGAGGAUGGAACCACUGGCAAGAUGGAGAAGUAGUCCAGCGGGGCAUGCUGGGAAUCCAGAAACAAUCCCCACCGUGGGAGCAAAUUCUGUUCCGCAGUAUAUGUCUCUCAGCAAUCGUCCAAGGAUGGAGAGAGAAGGGCCGGAAUAUUCACCAAUAACACCGCCUUCCAUCGAAGCCCAAUGCAAGCAGAACGAAAACCAACCACACACAAAGAAGCCGGAGGUAUAUGCCACACUACCUGCAGACAGCAGUAGAAAGCCGCCACUCUUAACCCCGACCAGUUUUCCUAGCCCAAAUAAUGCGGAAGUCCCGGGUGAUUUAAUAGGUACAUCCCACUCACUACCUACUAAUCCAGAGGAACCAUCCGCCAAACAGAACUCCUUACAUACAGCACAAAGCUCAGUUUCACCUGUCCCAGAACUGGAGAUGACAGAGGCGAAUCGCGAAGACACGGGUAUGGAAAUAGAUAGUGUGCAGGAAAAGCACGCUUCAUCGUCAACCGAGACACCUGCUCCCUCGACCCCAGACGUGAACACUGCGCUCUUUGGCCCCAAAGGAAAACUUUUAAACCCACUCAACUCGGGAACGACGGAAAAGCUACCAAAACGAAAAACUAGGAGAAGUGGGAAUGGGUGGACGAAGAGGAAGCAGAGGCCUUCCAGCAAACCUAUGGAAUCAUUGGCAGCGCCAUCGACUGAAAUAGCGCAAGAGUCUACAAAGAAGGCUACUGAGAGCAGUAAUGCGGUUGGGGUGGAGGCAACCAACAGUGGGAGAAGGAGGAGUACAAGAGUCAUUAAAAAGGCGGCAAGAAAUAGCCACUGA